CUCAACUUCUUCUCAUAAUUUUCUCUGUUUUCUCCUUCUGUUAUCCUUUAGAGAGAUCCAUAAAGAUUCAACUCCAACAAGAAAAACUCGAUUUCAAUUUCUUUAGAAGUUAAUAGUGUUACUUCUCGUGAUUUUGUCCAAUGGGUAAUUGCGUGAACUCUCCUGCACGAGUAGAUAACAGAGAAAGCUCUUUUGGAGGGUCAUCGAGAAUUUCACCUAAAGCGAGUCAGCCAUCAAGACUCUCAAACCUCAUAAUACCCUCUUACAGCAACAGAAGCUUCACUAGUUUAUUGUCAACACAUACACCAAGAAGCGAAGGAGAGCUCUUACCUUCUCCAGCAUCAAAGGCCUUUACAUUUAACGAGCUCAAAACCGCCACUAGAAAUUUCAAAGACAACAAUCUUAUUGGUGAAGGUGGUUUUGGUUAUGUCUAUAAAGGUUGGAUUGGUAAACAGUCGUUGUCACCUUCGAAACCAGGGUCCGGUAUGGUUGUUGCAGUCAAGAAACUUAAAUCAGAAGGGUUUCAAGGACACAAAGAGUGGUUGAAUGAGGUUCAUUAUCUUGGGAGGCUUCACCAUAUGAAUCUUGUGAAACUAAUUGGAUAUUGCUUAGAGGGAGAGAAGCGGCUUUUGGUUUACGAGUACAUGCCCAAAGGAAGCCUUGAGAAUCAUCUGUUUAGAAGAAGUUCAGAUCCGAUUCCGUGGAAUACAAGGAUGAAAGUUGCGAUUAGUGCAGCGAGAGGACUUGCUUUCCUCCACGAAGCGAAAGUCAUAUACCGAGACUUCAAGGCCUCUAAUAUCCUACUUAAUGUGGAGUUCAAUGCAAAACUAUCUGAUUUUGGAUUGGCAAAAGCAGGACCAACAGGAGAUAGAACCCAUGUGACAACUCAAGUGAUGGGCACUCAAGGCUACGCAGCUCCUGAAUACAUAGCAACGGGCCGGUUAACUGCCAAGAGCGAUGUCUAUAGCUUUGGAGUUGUGUUGCUAGAACUACUCUCGGGACGUCCCACGGUAGAUAAAACGAAAGUAGGAGUGGAGCAGAAUCUGGUGGAUUGGGCGAUUCCUUAUUUGGUAGACAGAAGAAAAGUGUUUAGAAUAAUGGACACGAAGCUUGGAGGACGGUACCCUCACAAAGAGGCUUGCGCAGCAGCCAACAUCGCAUUGCGGUGUCUCAACACAGAAGCUAAGUUGAGACCGGAGAUGUCUGAUGUCUUGUCUACUUUACAACAACUUGAGACUUCGACAAAGAAGGGAUCUACUCCAACCGGAGUCAUGUCUCCUUCACCGCAUAUGUCGGAGAAUCACAUGGUUCGAGACGUCUCUACGCUUAAGGUUUGAUAGACUUAACGAGUUUUUUUUGAGUCUGUAAAUUUACUUUUUGCAAAGUGUUGAAUAGUUUUGUACUUUCAAGUUCGUUGGUUUUUUGGUUGAAAAAUGUAUAUAGUAUACGAAUAUAUAUGAUAACUUUACAAUAGGGUUCGUAUGAUCUAUGAAAAGUUCUUAUUUGUUGAAUGAUUG